CCGGGGCGCAGCAGCGGGACCUCCUCCUUCAGAAAGCUUUUCACCUCUGGAUGUUGUGGCUGAAAUGCUGAAUCCGCCGGGCCUGCUGACUAUGCCCCGGAGCCCCACCUCCAGCGAGGAUGAGAUGGCCCAGAGCUUUUCCGACUACUCUGACGACACUGCCUCUGACAGCUCCCGCGAGGAGACAAUCUACGAGACCAUAAGGGCCACUGCCGAGCCACCGCCGAACCGCAUGGAAGACGUUCACACACACUCGCUGGUCAUACGUGUCAUCAUCCCUGACCUGCAGCAGACAAAAUGUAUGCGGUUCAACCCGGAUGCCACAGUCUGGGUUGCCAAGCAGCGGAUCCUGUGUACACUGAGUCAGAGCCUGAAGGACGUGCUCAACUACGGCCUUUUCCAGCCAGCUAGCAACGGGAGGGAUGGCAAGUUCCUGGACGAAGAGCGCAUCCUCCGGGAGUAUCCCCAGCCAAUCAGCAAGGGCGUCCCGUCUUUGGAGUUUCGCUAUAAGAGCAGAGUCUAUAGGCAGCCCCAUGUGGAUGAGAAGCAGAUUGCUAAACUUCACACAAAGGCCAAUCUGAGGAAGUUCAUGGACCUCAUUCAGCAUCAUCAAGUGGACAAGGUAUCCAAAUUGCUGGAGAGAGGCCUCGACCCCAACUACCAUGACACUGAGACCGGUGAGACCCCGUUGACAUUUGCUGCCCAUCUAGACAACGCAGUGGAGCUCAUCAAGGUGCUGAAGAAUGGAGGGGCCCACUUAGACUUCAGAGCCAAAGACGGCAUGACGGCAAUCCAUAAAGCUGCCAGGUCCAAGAACCAGGUUACACUCACGACGCUGCUGGAGCUGGGAGCCUCUCCAGACUACAAAGACAGCCGUGGCCUGACUCCUCUGUACCACAGUGUGGUGGUAGGAGGAGACCCAGGCUGCUGCGAGCUGCUGCUGCACCACCACGCCUCCGUCUGCUGCCAGGACGAGAACGGCUGGCAUGAGGUUCACCAGGCUUGCCGUCACGGCCAUGUGCAGCAUUUGGAGCAUCUAUUAUUCUAUGGGGCAGACAUGAGCGCCCAGAAUGCCUCGGGAAACGCCGCACUACACAUCUGUGCCCUAUACAACCAGGAUAACUGUGCCAGAGUGCUGCUUGUUCGUGGAGCUGACAAAGAAGUGAAGAACUACAACAGCCAGAGUCCAUUUCAGGUUGCCAUCAUUGCUGGGAACUUCGAGCUUGCUGAACUCAUAAAGAACCACAAACAGACAGACGUAGUGCCUUUCCGCGAGGCUCCGGCCUACUCCAAGCGCCGCCGGGGUCCAGCUCCUGGCAACGGCAGCGGCAACAGCCCAUCCUCCUCCUCGUUAUCAGCGCCACGGGUCCUCCUGCGCUCCAACAGUGACAACAACCUGACAGUCAGCCAGUACCAGCAGCAGCAGCCGUCUCCUGGCAACUGGGCCCCCCAUUCGCAGCAACACCAACACCCUCACCCACACGGGGGCCCCCUGCAGGGUCACCCGCAGCCUGGCUCCUCAGCCUUACAUCGCAGCCUGUCACCCCAGCUGUUCCAGCAGAUGCCCAGCGGCAGCCCCAAUGGCAACGUGGUGGUCCGGACCAUGGGGAGGGGGGCGAGGAGCAGGUCGCCCUCCCUCAGUCGACUGGGGGACGAGGCAAGACGGGCUCAACCUGCGCAGCGCCAGGCCAGUCCCGGCGGUCAUGUGGAGGCGGUGGCCACCAGGAGGAAGCUGUACAGCGCCGUUCCAGGCAGACACUUUGUGGUGGUUCGUCCCUACACUCCCCAGGCGGAGGGAGAGAUCAACCUCUACAAGAACGACCGGGUCAAAGUUCUGAGCAUCGGAGAGGGGGGUUUCUGGGAGGGCAGCGCCCGUGGCCAGGUGGGCUGGUUUCCAGCUGACUGUGUGGAGGAGAUCCCGGCCAAGGCCAGCGAGGAGAGGAGCUAUUCCCGAGCGGACCGCGCUGACCGACGCAAGCUCUUCCGACACUACACUGUGGGGUCUUACGACAGCUUCGACGCCUCCAGUGACUGCGUGGUGGACGAGAAGACGGUGGUGCUCCAGAAAAAGGAAAAUGAGGGCUUUGGCUUCGUCCUGCGGGGGGCAAAAGCGGAUACGCCCAUCGAGGAGUUUACUCCCACCCCUGCCUUCCCCGCCCUGCAGUACCUGGAGUCGGUGGAUGAGGGAGGAGUGGCCUGGCAGGCGGGGCUCAGGACGGGGGACUUCCUCAUCGAGGUGAACCAGGAGAAUGUGGUGAAGGUGGGCCACAGACAGGUGGUCAACAUGAUACGCCAGGGGGGAAACCGACUCCUGAUCAAAGUGGUGACGGUGAGCCGGAAUCUGGACCCCGAGGACACGGCGCGCAAAAAAGCCCCUCCACCACCAAAGAGAGCCCCCACCACAGCACUGUCCAUGCGCUCCAAGUCGAUGACCUCUGAACUGGAAGAACUAGUGGAUAAAGCCACUCUAAGGAAAAAGAAAGGUGACAAAGUGGAUGAGGUGUCACCUAUCCAGAAGAACGCAACAGUCGAUAUGAAGGUAGCCACCAUUAAACCACGCCCAUCUAGUCGCUGCUUGGUUACACCGACUGACAUGAAUUCCAUGUAUCAUGACCGCCAGGGAGUAGCAGUGGUGCCACCCACUGUGCCAGGGGCAUUUCUGGGGAUACCUGCCAAGGGCACCAUGAAAAAACAGAAGUCCAUAGGUACGUCGGAGGAUGAUAAACAGGGAUUCCUCACACCUCCUCUUCUCAAGUUCUCCCGAAGCCUUUCUAUGCCGGACACCUCAGAGGACAUUCCCCCUCCCCCAGCCAUUUCACCCCCCUCUCCACCCGCCUACAACUCAGCGGCCACCUCUACACCCAGGGGCUAUGGUACCACACGGCCCGGCUUCACCCAGAACUCCCCUGUCAAUGCAGUGACAACUAUCAGCCGGACUACCGACGUUGGUACGUUAAGGCGUGGCUAUUACCGCCAGAGCUCGGAGCAGUUUGAGAGCACACGUAGUCGAGGGCGGGCACCGGUGCCUGAGAAUCCUUAUUCCGAGGUGGGCAAUAAGACACUAUACGUGCCAGCCAAGCCAGCCCGAAGGAAGGGCAUGCUGGUAAAGCAGCCCAAUGUUGAGGACAGCCCCGAGAAAACGUGCCACAUGCCAGCAAGCCCCUCAGGCCCGGUGUCCAUGCCUACCACACCUACAGAGAGAACGUGCUCUUCCAUCCCCAUCCCCACCAUCAUUGUCAAGGAGCCCUCCACCAGCAGCAGUGGAAAGAGUAGCCAAGGCAGCAGUAUGGAGAUUGAGCCCACCACUCCCGAACACCCACCUCUGACACCCACUGUUGGUGGCAGUGGAGGUUUGCGUCCCGAGGACCCUCUGGCUAUGAGCAACCCCUUUGCAGCAGCUAUUGCUGGGGCGGUUCGGGACCGGGAGAAGAGGUUAGAGGCCAGAAAGAACUCACCUGCCUUCCAGUCAAUAGACAUAGGAGAUGAUGACAUGGGUGGGCCUACUCCAACGCCCCGUCUGCGUCAUUCCAAGUCUAUUGAUGAAGGCAUGUUCAGUAGCGAUGAGCACCUUCGAAGGAUAAUGGCUCCCCCUUCCACAGCGCAGCUUGGGCCACCUGUCGGGGGUGGCAGUGGCAACAUGACAGAUUUCAAUAGCCCUGAACCCACAGUGGUGCGGGAGCCUCUGAACACUAGAACGGGCCAGUGUCCCAACCUGGACAGUCCUGUUAGUCUCCCAUCUACUCCCCCUAAGACCCACUAUAGUGCCAAUGGGACCUACCUCCAUCCUGUCACGGGCAAACCCUUGGAUCCUAAUUCACCACUUGCCCUUGCUCUGGCAGCACGUGACCGGGCCAUGAAGGAGCAGCAGAACCACCCACAGAAUCUGCCAACCAAUCCUCCCCAAGUUCAGUCGACUACCAAGCACGAACCCCAGUCCCUCCCCACUCAGUCAAGCCACAAACCAGACCUCAACCAGCCGCUGUUUAUCGACACCAAACUACGCUCCGGGAUAGAGACAGGUUUUGCUGCAAUUACCACAGCAACCAUGGGGCGGCCCGGCCGAGGCGGCCUGCGGAGGCAGAUGACAGAGCAGAAGUAUGAGUCAGACGGGGCACGGGAGGAGAGGCAGCAGCAGACAGCGGAGGAAAGGAAGGGCACACCAACGGACAUGGCAGACAUGUCACCUAAGUCAGCGGGGCUACUGAUGGUCCACACCAGCACAGAAACAGCCACCAAGGUCAAACUCAACGUCUCUGAGGUGGAGGGGCACGACAGCAACAGCCCAGCUGAGCUAAAGGACCCUAAUCACCCUGACCCCGUCAACACCUCUGUUCUCUCUAAUCCUCAGAUGCCCACAUCACGAAGGAGGAGUGUUCAUGCUGGAGAAUCCCUUGAUGAACCUGUCAAGCUGCCUUUCCGCAUCCCCCCUCCUCCUUUGGCCUCAGUUGAUAUAGAUGAGGAAUUUGUCUUCUCGGAGCCCCUUCCCCCACCCCUUGAGUUUGCCAACAGCAUCGACAUCCCUGAUGACCAGGCAUCCGCCAUUGCGGAGAUGCUCCAGCAGCAGAGGCGGAACGGAGCACCUGGUUUACCCCCCUACCACCCACAUGCUCCGCCACCUGUCACUGAGCAACACAAACGGAUGGCAAACUGUAUGCUCUCCAACUACCCUCCUCCCCCCGACUCCGAGGCAGGGGUGGGCGACUCGGGUAUCGAGGAGGUGGACAGCCGCAGCAGCGGGGACCCUCAGCACAUGGAGACCACCAGCACCGUCUCCAGCAUCUCUACCCUGUCGUCAGAGGGAGGCUUCUGCGACAGUGCACUGGAGAGCCUUUAUGCUGCCGCUGAUGGACAUGCCUUCCUUGUGGACCGGCCUCCUGUCCCACCCAAACCCAAAGUCAAGUCUGUCAUCAACAGAACCUCGCUUUACCAUGAUGCCCUCAUUGAAGAGCCUCCUGAGUCCUAUGGGUCACCACCCCAAGUCCCUCCCCCUCCCCCUGGAUCUUCCUCUUCCUCUGAAGCUCCUAGGACUCCCACCCAGAGGACAUCCAAGCUGUGGGGUGAUCAGCCCCCGGAGCUCCGGAGCCCUCCAUCCACACCAGAGACCAAGAACACGGUUAUCACUGAGCUGAGCUCCAUUCUGCAGCAAAUGAAUCGCGACAGGCCGCCCAAGCCGGGGGAAAGCCUUGACUCCCCCACGGGGACCAGGGGAGGCUUUGGAACAAGGCCACCCACAGAAGACUCAGGAAUGCGUAACAACAGCGCCGCCGCCGCCCUCACCUCCACCCCUCCCAGCAGCCUCCCCUCGCAGCCCCGCCCCUGCAGCCCGCCGGACUCCGCCUCCUCCCUGACGCCCUGCUCCUCGCUGCCGCCCUCCGUGUCGCCCACUCUCACCGACGUCUUCGGCCUGCCCACCCCGCCCAUGGGCAGCGGGGGCGGCUACAGCCUGAGCUCCUCGUGCGGCGGCAGCGGAAGCUCGCGCUCCCCGUCGCCGCUCACGCUCAUGCAGGCGGUGGCGGCGUCCGGCAAGCCGUUCGCCUCCAAGCCCAUGGAGCUGUGGAGCAAGCACGACGUGGCGGACUGGCUGGAGAGCCUCAACCUGGGGGAGCACAGGGACGCGUUCCUGGACAACGAGAUCGAAGGUGCCCACCUGCCCUCCCUGCAAAAAGAGGACCUGAUAGACCUGGGCGUGACGAGGGUGGGCCACCGCAUGAACAUCGAGAGGGCCCUGAAGCUGCUGCAGGACAGAUAAGCCCCGAGGAGAGGGGGUCGUGACGAGGGGAGUCAGGGCAGAGGAGAGGGAGGUGUCGCUGAUCACUUUUACCGAUCUCUUCAUCAGACGCAAUCGCAAGUUGUGGAACUGGGGUAGAAGUAUUGUCCAACCUGACGCUGCCUCUUGCUGUUUUUGUCCUCUCUCAUCCUCCUUUGUCGCCCUCAUCUCCGUGUGCCGGUCUUGUCCUCACUCUUCCUCCUCCCCGCUGUCCUGAGCAUCAGGGGAUCAUGGGACGUUUGGGAGGGAUUGCAAGGAGAGAGAAGAGAAUAGCUGCUACGUCUCAUCCAGGACGAAGAAAGCAGAGGGGGCCAGGAGGAAGGACCGUCCAGACAAACUCUGGAAUACUUUGUCCUCAAAACACUUUGGAUUACUGGAAGAACAAACUUAACAAUCCUGGUCUGGACGUUUCUUUGACAUAAAUGACUUGUGCUCACCCAACUGCUUUGGAAUACUGAAGACUUUUUCCAGCCACCCCGGUGCGGGUGCAUGAAAAACCAGCUGAGCUGGUCGUUGCUCCUUUUCUAUCUUUGCUAGAGUUUGUUCAGAGAAUAAUAUUUCUUCACUAGAGUCCUACCGGAGUUAUAUUUCUGGGUGCAUCUAAGGUUGUAGAGAAAAUUUGAGAUAGACUCCCUUUUUUUGCUUUUCACCUGUUUGUGUCAAAAUGAGAACAUUAGCCGACGUGUUAAAACUGAACACUAAACCAUAUCUUGUGUCCACACACACACACAGAGGUAUUCACAGUGCCACAUAACUGACGCACACACACACAUCCAAACAAGAAUACACACUUUACUCACAAACACACUUGGCAUGUAUACACACACACACACACACACACACACACCGUUACUACGAUGGCCUUCUUCUCCUGAGAGAGAGCACAGCACGGUGAGCGCUGGUCCCUCGAGAAGCUCCACUGUAGCAGGUGCCAGUGUGUCGGGGCCACGCAGCCCCUCGCCAACCUCCACCCACCCCCGCGCCCACCCUCAGCACCUCAGCAUCCAACAAGGUCAAAACACAGGACAGGACAUUACUGCCACGUGGUUUAACUAGUUCAGAGAAAAACAGUAAAAAUAAACAAAUAACGGACCAGAUUAUCACAAAUUCCCACCUUUGAAAUGGUUGAUAGCGGCUUUUCUGGCUGUCAUUGCAGUGUUGUCCUCUCCCGGCUUGUUUAAAAUUUUUACCCUGUUCUGUAUGGAAGAGAGUAUGUGUGUAUGUGUGUGUGUCUGAGU